CAGCCUCGCUGGCUCCGCCCCGGCACAGGCGGGGCCGCCGGGUCGGAGGGCGCAGGGGCGGCGGGAGCAGAUCUGGAACCAUGGCUAUUGACUGGGUUGGUUUUGCGUAUGCUGCAAUGCUGGCUGUUGGAGGUGUUGUAGGAUACACUCGUAAAGGUAGUAAAAUCUCUUUAGCUGCUGGUCUCACCUUUGGUUCUGUGGCUGGUUAUGGAGCUUACUGCGUAACACGUGAUCCAAGAAAUGUGAAGAUAUCAUUAUUUUCAGCUUUUCUUUUGACCAUUAUAAUGGGAAUGAGGUUCAAGAGGUCCAAGAAAUUAAUGCCAGCCGGACUAGUAGCAUGCCUGAGCCUUUUGAUGAUUUUGAGGCUUGUUUUUAUGCUACUGUAGAAGAUUUCAGCAGCUGAGGAACCAAAGUAUGACUGCCCUGCCCACUGAACAAACAGGCAAGCUCUCCGUACUUGAAAGACAAGUUUGAACACAAGUCUUACAUUGCAUUUAUCUUUUCUGUAGAAGAUCUGUACCUGUAAUUUGGUUAUUGACAUUUGCUGAUAUUUUUCAGUCUUUUGUAAAAAAACUAUAACAAAUGUUUUGUUGAGACGAUAGUUUGAUCUACUUCAGUUUAAGCAGUCUGCUAAUUUGAGGGAUCUUUCUUUGUAAGUCUGAUCUCUCUCAGGGGUGCUGAGCACCCCAAGAAAUUGAGUUAGUCUUGCACUGUAUCUCUGAGACAAGAAUAUAUAUAAAUAUAUGUUAAUGCUGAUAAUGCUGUCAGGUACUAAUUAAUGAAGGUACGGGCCUGUACUGCAUUGGACUAGAAAACCUACCUUUCUUUCAGACACACGUGUCUUGUUCUACUGUUCUAAAUGUAAAAACUGUUAUCAGUAUUCAAAUAAAAUGGAAAAUG